UCUUCUUCUCCGCUCGGUGCGUCGUCCGUUCGUCCUGUUGGUCAGUCCGCGUAAAUAACGACGCCACUCCAACGCGGGCACGUUUUCCUCCUGUGUUCCCCCUCCACACACACACACACACACGCACAGCUCUUCUUCUUCUUCUUCAUCAUAUGGAACCCACGGAUCUGCCAGGCGCGUGUAUUUUCUCCCCACUGUGUCCGUGAAGAGGAGGAGGAGGAGGAGGAGGAAGGAGCGCACGCACGGUGGAGCAGCUGAACUGAAGGAAAGCAGCCGAGAUUCAUGGACGCAUCAUGACAGUCCUCCAGCCACCUACAAAGGUACACUGGAAACAAGGAGGACCUGGCAUGGACCGCUGUGUCUAAAUGAAGUGGUUCCGCCAUGCAAUGUUCCUGGAAGGCGGUGAUCCUGCUGGCCUUGGCCUCCAUUGCCAUCCAGUACACAGCCAUCCGGACGCUCACCUCCAAGCCUUUCCAGCUGUGCCCGUUGCCCAGCCCCCAGAACUGUGGACUGGGGGGCCAGGAGACAGAACCUCCCUUUGAACGUGGCGGAGCGGCCGGCGCCGGUGGAGGCUGCGAUGACUACCCUUACUUUUCCAUCAACGCCACCCGUAAAACCCACAUCUUGGUCCUGGCCACCACCCGUAGCGGCUCGUCCUUUGUGGGCCAGCUGCUCAACCAGCACCAGGAGGUCUUCUACCUGUUUGAGCCGCUGUAUCACGUCCAGACCACUUUGAUUCCGCGCUUGUCCCACAGCCGUAACGCCGCGGACCGACGCGUGAUGCUGGGCGCCAGUCGAGACCUUCUGCGCAGCCUUUACGGUUGCGACCUCUAUUUCCUGGAGAGCUAUAUUAAGCCGACCCCGACCAACCACACGACAGAUAAACUGUUCCGUCGCGGUGCGAGUCGAGCGUUGUGCCAGCAACCUGUCUGUGAUGCCUUUGGUCCUGCUGAUGUCAAUGUGGAGGAAGGGGACUGCGUGAAAAAAUGUGCGACUCUAAAUAUGACCUUAGCGACAGAAGCGUGCCGAGAGAAGCGGCACGUGGCUAUCAAGAUUGUCCGUGUGCCAGAGAUCGGAGAUCUGCGCGCCCUGGUGGAAGACCCCCGGCUCAAUAUUAAAGUCAUUCAACUGGUCCGAGACCCACGCGGUAUCCUGUCAUCGCGGAUCGAGACGUUCAGGGAUACGUAUCGUCUGUGGCGGAUUUGGAGGGCCACGGGGCGACGGCCCUACAACCUAGACUUGAGUCAACUCACGGUCGUCUGCGAAGACUUUCUCAGUUCUGUUUCCACUGGUCUCAGUCAUCCCUACUGGCUCAAAGGGAAAUACAUGUUGGUUCGCUAUGAGGAUUUGGCAAGAAAUCCACUUCUGAAGACAAAGGAGAUCUAUGACUAUCUGGGGCUGCCCAUGGAUAAAAACGUGGAAGACUGGAUACACGCCAACACUCGGGGCAGCAACGAGCCCUCGGCAAAACACAAAUUUGGUACGGUGAGAGACUCGGCGGCCAACGCAGAGAGUUGGCGCUUAAAACUGUCGUAUGAGAUGGUGGAGUACACACAGACUGUGUGUCAAAAAGUCCUCCACCAACUGGGAUACAAGGCUGUGAAAUCAGUAGAGGAGCUGAAAAACAUGUCCCUCUCACUGGUACAGGACAAAACUUUUGUACCUUUUUUGUAACAAAGAUAGUUCUCUAAUGACUAUUUUGAUAUAUUUAUAAUUGUUGCCUUAUAAUUUCCUUUGUUUGUUAUGUUUGGUUUCUGUAAUUUUCUUUGUUUCAGAUUUGCACUAUGAAUUUUAUGAAUGCACCUAGGGAACUUAACGGAUGAUUCCCCAAUGUUACAGAACAGCACACUUUAAAUGAAGUAAUCAACGAGCUAGUUUA